AUGAUGAAGAGGCAGUUUAAUCGGAUGCGGCAGCAGCUGUCCCAUCCCAACAUCACCAGCCGAGCCCAAGAAGCAACCGAGCUUCUGCCGGAAGAUUUGCUGCAGAUCGAGCAGAGGAUCGAGCCGGCCAAGCGAGCAGCUCACAGUGUGUCCAAGAGGCUCCAAGCCUGCCUGCAGGGGCAAUGCGGCUCCGAGAUGGACAAGCGAGUGAAGAAGCUGCCCUUGAUGGCUCUGUCCACGACGAUGGCUGAGAGCUUCAAGGAACUGGACACAGAGUCCAGCCUUGGGAAAGCCCUGGAGAUGGGCUGCUGCAUACAGAGCUCACUGGCCAAAAUCCUGGCCGAGUUCGAGAUCACCCUGGAGCACGACGUCCUGCAGCCGCUCAACAAGCUCAGUGAGGAGGAGCUUCCCAUCAUCCUGAAGCGCAAGAAGACCCUCCAGAAGUUGAUCUCUGACUGGAACACCAUCAAGAGCCGGCUGAACCAAGCUGCCAAGAGCUCCAGUAACAGCUCUGGUGCUGGUGCUGGCCCCGGGGCGUCUUCUGCUGCCAACAAACUGGAGAUCUUGAAGGAAGAGGAGGAGGAGGUGAAGAGGAAGGUGGAGCAGUGCAAGGACGAGUACAUGGCUGACCUCUACCACUUCUCCACCAAAGAAGACAGCUACGCCAGCUACUUCAUCAGACUGCUGGAAAUCCAAGCCCAGUACCACCGGCAGUCUCUGGGAUCGCUGGACUCGGCUCUGGCAGAGCUGAAGGAAAGCCACAGCCAGACAGGUGCGCUGAAAUCCUACCUGCGAGAGCUGCCUCAGCCUUUGAUGACCUUCGAGCUCUACAACGAAUGGGUCAAAGUGGCCAGCUUAAAGGACGUUGACAGCCGUGUGCAGAGCCUGCAAGACACCUGCAGCCGCCUGCCCCGGGAGAGCUACAACAAUCUGAGGUAUCUGAUCAAGUUUUUAGCCAAGCUGGCUGAACACCAGGAGUUGAAUAAAAUGACCCCCAGCAACAUUGCCAUCGUGCUGGGCCCCAACCUGCUGUGGACGCAGCAGAGCACAGGAGACCCUGUGCAACUGGACUUGGCCUCGGUCUCCUCCAUCCAGGUGGUGGGUGUGGUGGAAGCCCUCAUCCAGAAUGCGGACACCCUCUUCCCUGGAGAGGUAGAUUUCAAUGUCUCGGGCAUGUUCAUGCCGCCUGCAAACAGUGGACUUGGCGAGGCUGCCCCAGUGGAAGAGCCAUCCCCUGAGCCCCCUCCGGCCGGCAUCCCUGCUCUCCUGGAUGGAGAGGCCACCUCGAAGGACCCCGAGGCCAGGUCCCAGCCAGCAUCCCCAGCGGUGACCAGACCGUCUCCUGAAGCUGCAGGGCCACCGGCUCCACAGAUGACCGACGACACCACCCGCAAAGGGACGGGCAGCCUCACGGCCGCGGUGGAAACCGCUUGGGGCCGCAAGGCGCUGGUGGUGGGGAAGCCGAACACCUACAUGUUUGAUUGCAUCGUGGAGCGUUUCGGCGUUGACCCGUCCCGCACCCUCAUGGUGGGAGACCGUCUGGAGACAGAUAUCCUCUUCGGCAAGAACUGCGGCCUCUCUACCAUCCUCACCCUGACGGGUGUCUCCCGCCUGGAAGAGGCACAGGCCUACAUGGCCAGCGACAGUGCCGCUGCCAAGGAUCUGGUGCCCAAUUACUAUGUGGACAGCAUUGCAGACUUGAUACCGGGCCUGGAUGAGUAGCAGUCUGUAUAUAUGAGGGCAGAGGGGUCGGGUUCCCCAUCCCAGAUCUCCAUCUGUUCCCAUUUUUCUCUCACUGCCCUAUCCCCUCAAUUCCCGGUUUCUUCACAUUCCAACGCCCUUCUUUGGGGGCAAAAUGGGGGUUGGCAGGAGGGGGCAGGGUUCAAGUUGUCUCCUGCUGAGAGCUAUCCAUGACGGACGGAGUCCUUCUCUCCCUCAUAUGCCAGCUGCCAGCAUCUCUGGGAGAAAGCUGGAGGCCUUGAGGCUGACGGGGAGGUCAAAUCAGUGUGUACCUGUGGCCUCUCCUCCUGCAGGAGUUAGGGACCGGCUGUCUUACUAUUAUUUUUCUCUUAGAUAACCAGUGGCGGCCUUUUACUGCUGUCCCUUCACUCGUAACUCUCGACUUCUGAGCUGCAUCCCUGCAGUCCUUGUGGUAAUCCCCUCCUUGCCAGGGGACUGGCUGGCAUUGUCACCCACCCGGUCUCCAUUGGUGCCAGGGCAUGUGGAAGGAGCGUUCUGGAGCGAUGAAUGAGAGCAUCGCUGCCUCCCACGAGUGAAAGGGAGCAUUGCCUCAUCUCAUCUCUCCCCCAUUCCUUAGAGAUGUUUCCCCCACCACCCCCUGCCCUGACUCAGUUAAUAACUGUGCCAGUGUCCAUGUGAAGGACUAUAGAAAGGGAAGAGACUGGUUUGAGGGGGGUUUUUGUGCCAAACAGACAAGCUGUGACUGUGCACGGCGGGUCUGCGGUUCUACCUUGUUUUCAAGCACCCUUUCCAAAGGGGCUUGUGAAGGAGAGAGGGCUCCUAGGCCACAACAGCACAGCAGUAGUGAACUAUACAACUCUCCCCGGUUCCCCCUCCUUGGUGGAUUUUGCCAUAGUACGGUGAGAGAAAAGGGCUGAUGGGGGUCUGUUCAGCUGCUGGUGUGCAGGUGAGGUGUUGGUGGUAUUGUCACUGCUGUGAAUGUGUCACAGCCCUCAAAAUCAUUCCUUGCUGCUUUGUCUUUCUAUGUUUUUUUAAUUUCUUGAUCUUAUUUAUCAAACUUAUUUAUUGUUCAAAUACUGUAUUAUUUGUAUAAACUAUGCUGACUGGUUGCACCAAGGGGACAGGGGGCAGUGCCUUUGGGCCUCCCUUACUGUCCAUGUCCCAUGUUGAUGUUCUUACACUCACCGUGUCUCUGUAUAUAAUAAAGUGUGAGCGUAGGCUGGAAAU